AUGGAUACGCUACUCGAACCAGCACGACUCGACUUACUACGAAACACAGCUACGAAAGAAUGGAGGCAUUGGAAUGUGACGAAAAGGCUCCUGAUAUAUAUCGAAGACUGCAAGGACUAUAAAUUGGCCCAUUCGCGUACUAGAACAACUAUUUGUCAAGAGACCAAAAGAAAUAUUUGCUAGACAUUUGCUGGCAACAAGAGGGCAGAAAUCCGGCGAGACUCUUACAGAAUUUCUCCAAGAACUUCGAAAACUUAGCAAAGAUUGUAACCUUAAGAACGUAACUGCUGAACAGUAUUGUGAGGAAUUGGUUCGUGAUUACUUUAUUAAUGGCCUCUUAUCACCUUUGAUUCGCCAACGGCUCCUAGAAAAUAAACAGCUCGACCUUCAAACUGCUUUUGACCAAGAAAAUGCCUUGGACUUGGCUCAAAAGAAUUCUGAAGCAUAUAGGAUGCCUGAAAUAACUACAACUGCAGCAGUCUCUUCCCAUCUGACAGAUGAGGUUCCUGGAGCUCAUGCCUUAGAUUAUGAUUCUCUAGCAGCUACAUUCACAUCGAAGAAAUGCUACUUUUGUGGUGAUAAUCUCCACAACAGAAUUCUAAUUGUAACAACUGUGGAAAGAAAGGACAUUAUGCUAAAUUUUGCAA